AUGCCACAAUAUCAGCCACCUGUUGAGCCUUUGAUUUGGACUGUCAAUCCUUCAAGCCUCGACAUUGACGAAAAAAUCCUUGGAGUCCUAAAAAUCCUUCGUGGGCUUCGCAUGACAGUUAUGGACCUCAUGUUGCACUCUAUCUCGCACAAGGCCUCCAUGCUACCUUGGAGAGAAGCUUUUUUUCGAAGCAGGGCCCUUAUCCAGUUUCUCAAUGUGUUGGAUGCUGACGAGCAAGCGAGUGAGCAACUUCAUGUCAUCUUACGACCAAUUGCUAUCAAGAUAGUCACCGACGAGGUUGAUGCUGAGAUGGAGGCUGCUAAGGACAUUUUUGGCAUGUCAUCGAAAGAUAUCACCCCCGAACUACUCCUCUCGUUUGAUCUUGAUGCUUUGCUGACAGCGCGGUUACGAGAAACUACUCCGUGGCUACGACCUGCAAAGGAGAACAAGAAGCAGAACAUCGAGACGUACUGCACCGUAAUUGAGUCGCAAAUUGCGAAUAUUCGCUCCCAAAACAAUCUCGCCUUCCAAAUGAUCCACGGAUUAUGUUUAGUGGUGGUUCAUCACGUAAAACCAUCGAUCUACUUGCGUGUUGCAGUCUUUCUCCUGCCUACGACACAUUACACAAUGCUCAUGUUGCGAUGGCUGAUGGCCAGAUACAGCGGAAAUAAGAUCGAGUCGUGA